CUGAUUGAAGAUUUCUUUAUUCUCGGCGACGGUUUAGCGAAAUCUCCGGCGAAGCUAUGACGACAAUCAGUCUCCGCAAGCAAAACACGAGGCUCCCACCUGAGGUGAACCGCGUGCUCUACGUCCGUAACCUCCCCUUCAACAUAACGAGCGAGGAGAUGUACGAUAUCUUCGGCAAGUACGGCGCGAUUCGCCAGAUUCGCAUCGGAUGCAACAAGGACACGAAAGGAACUGCCUUUGUCGUGUACGAGGAUAUCUACGAUGCUAAGAACGCCGUCGACCAUCUCUCGGGCUUCAACGUGGCGAAUCGGUACCUGAUCGUGCUCUACUACCAGCACGCGAAGAUGAGCAAGAAGUUCGACCAGAAGAAGAACGAAGAAGAGGUUGCUAAGUUGCAGGAGAAGUAUGGUGUCUCUACCAAAGAUAAGUAAAACACGUGUCCUUGAUUCGAUUCGAUGGUAUCAUGGUUGUAUUGCGAUUUAGGGUUUUUAAUUGGGAAACUUUGAUUUCUUAUCUGUAUGUGUUUGGUGGAUUUGGUUUGUAUGUUGAAGUUGUUUGCUCUCGUGUCCUUUAUAUCGACAAAGUAAUGAAAAAGAAACUCUUUUUGACUUCAAA